AUGGCGAUGGUUAGACAAGUAACAUUAGACAGGGAGGAGCAGUGGAACAAAGUGAAGGAGAGCAGAGUGAAGGAGCAGGAGAGUGAAGUGAUGGUGCAGGAGAGAGAGACACAAUGCCCCAGAAAAAAAAAAAAAGACCGGCGGAAAGGAAAAGAUGCAGAUGACGAAGAUGAUGAGGAUGUCAUGCUGAAUCUGAAAAGCUCUCCGUGCAAGCAAGUGAUGAGGAAGAUGAGCCAGAAAGGUAAACCUGCUGAGAAGUCACGCAGCGUGGAGGAGGAGGAGGAUAGCGAUGGAGGUGACAUGAUGAUGAUGGAGUAUGAGCGUCAAGUGGCCAGUGUGCGUGCUCAGAAUGCUUUGGAGGGAGAUUUCUCCAUUUCCCAGGCUGAGAUGUCUGCCAGACAGGCAAUGCUGGAGAAUGCCUCUGAUAUCAAGCUGGAGAGGUUCAGCAUAUCUGCUCAUGGCAAGGAACUUUUUGUCAAUGCUGAUCUACUGAUCGUGGCCGGAAGAAGAUAUGGUUUGGUUGGACCAAAUGGUAAAGGAAAGACCACAUUACUGAAACACAUAGCCAACAGAGCUCUCAGUAUUCCCCCCAACAUCGACGUGCUGCUGUGUGAACAGGAGGUGGUAGCUGAUGACACGCCGGCGGUGCAGGCAGUGUUGAAGGCAGACACCCGCCGUCUAAAGCUUCUGGAGGAGGAGAAACAGCUCCAGGCUCGUCUGGAGAAGGGAGAGGACGCUGUGGCUGAGAGGUUGGAUAAGGUCUAUGAAGAGCUCAGGGCAAUUGGAGCAGCAGCAGCUGAGGCCAAAGCCAGAAGGAUCCUGGCUGGUCUGUCAUUUACCCCUGAAAUGCAGAACAGACCCACCAAGAGGUUCUCUGGUGGGUGGAGAAUGAGGGUUUCCCUGGCAAGAGCCCUGUUCAUGGAGCCCACUCUACUGAUGCUGGAUGAACCCACCAACCACUUGGACCUGAAUGCUGUCAUCUGGCUUAACAACUACCUUCAAGGAUGGAAGAAGACUCUCCUCAUAGUAUCUCACGACCAGAGUUUCCUUGAUGAUGUGUGUACAGAUAUCAUCCACCUAGACAACCAGAAACUCUACUAUUACAGGGGGAAUUACUUGACCUUCAAGAAGAUGUAUGUGCAAAAGCAGAAAGAACUACAGAAGCAGUAUGACAAACAGGAGAAGAAACUCAAGGAGCUGAAGGCUGGUGGCAAGUCCACCAAACAGGCUGAGAAGCAGACUAAGGAUGCCCUGACCAGAAAGCAACAGAAGGGCAAGAAGAAGGGAGGCCAGGAGGAGGAGAGCCAGGAAGCCACUGAGCUGCUGAAGAGGCCUAAAGAGUACACUGUCAAGUUCACCUUCCCCAACCCACCCCCUCUGUCACCACCUAUACUGGGACUGCACAGUGUUGAUUUUGGCUAUGAGGGCCAGAAACCCCUCUUCAAAAAUGUGGACUUUGGCAUUGACAUGGACUCCAGGAUUUGCAUUGUUGGGCCUAAUGGUGUUGGAAAGAGUACCCUGCUGCUGCUGCUUACUGGGAAAUUAAAUCCUACAAAAGGGGAGAUGAGGAAGAAUCAUCGCCUGAAAGUGGGGUUCUUCAACCAGCAGUAUGCUGACCAGCUGAACAUGGAGGAGACAGCCACAGAGUACCUGAUGAGGAACUUCAACCUUCCCUACCAGGAUGGCAGGAAGUGCCUGGGCCGUUUUGGUCUUGAGAGCCACGCACACACCAUUCAGAUAUCUAAACUCUCUGGUGGUCAAAAGGCCAGAGUCGUGUUUGCUGAACUGGCGUGCCGUCAGCCAGAUGUACUGAUAUUGGAUGAACCGACCAACAAUUUGGACAUCGAGUCGAUUGAUGCCUUGUCAGAGGCCAUAAAUGAAUACAAAGGAGCUGUGAUCAUUGUGAGUCACGACGCCCGGCUCAUCACAGAAACUCAGUGCCAGCUCUGGGUCGUAGAGGACUAUACAGUCAACCAGAUUGACGGUGACUUUGAUGACUACAAGCGGGAGGUGCUGGAGGCUUUGGGAGAGACCAUGAUCAACAAAGUCAAUCCAUGA